UUCUUUAAGAAAAAGUGUCCCUUUGUUUAGUGUUACAAUUUUUCUCUUCACAAGUCCUUCCAUUUUCAUCUCUCUUGAGCUCGGUCUGUGUCUCUCCUUCACCAUAAUCACAAAAACCAUGAGUUCCAAGCCUCAAUCUCCCCUCAACAUCAAGCUCAUUCUCCUCUUUGCUUCCUUCCUCCUCCUCCUCCUCCUCUUCGUAACAAGAACAACCUUCUCAUCUUCAUCCUCUCAAGAAAAAAACUCAACACCCAUUUCACAAAUCAACCUCCCAAACUCAGCAAAUGAAGAUCAAGAACAGCAACAAGUAACAAAACCAUCUUGCCCUUCUCUUCCUUUACCACAAACUUGCACCAAAACCCCACCAUCUCUCGCCAAUGCUCUUGUCCAUUAUGUAACCACAAACAUCACCCCACAACAAACCCUGAAAGAAAUCUCAGUCUCCUUAAGAGUUCUCGAGAAGAAAUCGCCCUGCAACUUCCUCGUAUUCGGCCUCGGUCACGACAGCCUCAUGUGGACAUCUCUCAACCAUGGAGGCCGCACAGUUUUUCUAGAAGAAGAUAAAGCCUGGAUCGACCAAAUCAAAGAAAAACUCCCCACCCUGGAAUCGUACCACGUCGAGUAUGACACGAAAGUUCACCAAGCUGAAGAUUUGAUGAAGAUCGGAGUAGGAAAUGACUGCAAGGCCGUGAGUGAUCCGAGGUUUUCAAAGUGUCGGCUGGCGCUGAAGGGUUUUCCGAGCGAUGUUUAUGAUACCGACUGGGAUUUGAUAAUGGUGGAUGCCCCGACGGGGUAUCACGAUGAAGCUCCGGGGAGGAUGAGUGCAAUUUACACUGCGGGGUUGAUGGCGAGGAACAGAGAAGAAGGAGAGACGGAUGUGUUUGUGCAUGAUGUAGAUAGAAUUGUGGAGGAUAAAUUUUCCAAGGCGUUUCUUUGUGAAGGAUAUUUGACGGAACAAGAAGGGAGGAUUAGGCAUUUUAGUAUUCCUAGCCAUAGGACUCGUUUGGGUAGGCCAUUUUGUCCUUUGAUGAAUUGAUUUAUUAUAUCCUUUAAUAAUUUUUUUUAUUUUUGUUUCAAUACAUUAAUUUUUUUUUUUUUUUUUGGUUCAUU